AUGAGUGACUAAUGGCGAUAGUGAUAAGCGCCGCAAUUUUACCUCAUCGUUAAAAAAUUUUGUGUUUAAUAGAAGCAAAAAAAAAAGUGUUGCGAAAACUUGGCUUAUAAUGUUAAUUAAAUGCACAAGAGUAUAAACGAGCUAUGAAUGAAAUUGCCGAGUUGCCACGCGAAGAGCUAACGAAUGGCAGCUGAUGGCUGGUUGGCUGACUAGCUAGCCUGUGCAUGAAUGAACCAGGAAUGCAAUGAAUAUCGACUAGUUUCUCUGGCUGUUCUAAACGUACCCGAUCACAAAGGCAUGAAGACCUAAAUUUAAAGCCGAUAAUUAAAUUAGAGAAGAGAGCAGAAUCGUAGAGAACUUUUGAACGACUAAAACGCAAACGGUGGUAGGGGAACACGUGCGUCGCAACAAAUACUGCUACUGCUACUACUGUCUGCUGCUGUUGUUUGCGCGAGAAGGGUGACCCCCUUUGCUUAUUGGAAUUGAGUGUAAACUUGGUGGACAUGAUUUUCGAUUGAUUUGAAAAUAAAAUAAAAAACUUGAAGCAAAGAAACUGAGAAGAAGAAUUAGCUACUGAAGAGCAAUUAAGCUGCUGCAUGAAAAAAGCUGAGUGAAAUGAAAACAAAUACAGCUACUUUUGUAUGUUAAAAGCAAAAUGUAGUGCCUUUGGAGUGUAAAACUGCUGUGGAUAAUUUUUUUUUUUUGUAACGUUAAUGUAGCAACAUACCCUUACGACAUAAAUAUUUAGCUAUAAUUUAUAUACAUUAAAUAAGCAUAACAAUGUCGUUCAUAAAUAAUCUUAAGAAAGUAUUCCACCUUGGUGGUGGAGAGGCGAAAAAGAAACGCCUUUAUAAUAACAUAAAAAUGGACACAGAUCCGGCGGAGUUUUGGGAAAUGGUAGGCGAGUUGGGAGAUGGAGCUUUUGGCAAAGUAUAUAAGGCGCAACACAAGGAACAAAAACGCUUUGCUGCGGCUAAAUUGUGCACAUUAGAAGAUGAAGAGAAUCUAAGUGAUCACAUGGUUGAAAUAGAUAUUUUGUCAGAGAUAAAGCAUCCGAAUAUUGUGGAGUUGUAUGAAGCGUUCUCAAUAGAGGACAAGCUGUGGAUGUUAAUCGAGUAUUGCGAUGGCGGUGCACUUGACAGCAUAAUGGUGGAAUUAGAGAAACCACUCACUGAACCACAAAUAGCCUACGUUUGCCGGCACAUGACUGAAGGUUUAAAUUUUCUACACAAUAAUAAAGUAAUCCAUCGAGAUUUGAAAGCUGGGAAUGUAUUACUAACCAUGGAAGGCGGUGUCAAAUUAGCUGAUUUUGGUGUGUCGGCUAAAAAUAAGCAUACUUUACAAAAGCACGACACUUUCAUAGGCACACCUUAUUGGAUGGCGCCAGAGCUAGUGCUGUGCGAAACAUUUCGGGAUAAUCCUUACGACUUAAAAGUGGAUAUCUGGUCACUUGGCAUAACAUUAAUCGAGUUAGCGCAAAUGGAACCACCAAAUAGUGAAAUGUCACCGAUGCGUGUUUUAUUGAAAAUACAAAAAAGCGAUCCACCAACACUGGAUCAGCCAUCAAAGUGGAGUAAGGAAUUCGUUGACUUUCUAAAGAAAGCUUUGGUCAAAGAUCCACAACAACGUCCACCCACAGAUAUUUUAUUACAACAUAAAUUCAUUAAUUGUGAACUAGACGCUAAACCCAUAAAAGACUUAUUAUUAGAAUAUAAAGCUGAAGUUGUUGAAGAAGUUGUCGAUGAUGAUGCUGAGGAACCCCGCAACUCGGCGCUCCGGCUCGACCUGGACGAUGACUCUGCCUCUUUGCAGAGCCAAGAUAUUGACAAACUUCCAGGUACCCCAACAUCAGUAUCUAUGGACUCUAAAGAACCAAAUCAAACAAAUAGUAUACCACAAAGUAAACUAUCACAACAACAAGGCGGAGCUGCAGAGAAUGCUUCACCUGUUUUGCAAAAAACUCUUGAAAAUAAUAUAACACCAUCUUCUAAGGGGGCCAAAGAGGAUGAACCAAUAUUUAGCGUUAAUAAUGCGCCCAAAGAUAAUGACACGAGUAAUAAGACGCUUUCAACAGCUGGAGUGGUCAGUAAGCAAGCAGUUGCUACCAACGCUGCCAACGAAGCUGCUGAUAGUCUUCCUGAGAGAGGCGUUGACGCCGAUAGGAAGAUCACCAAAAAGGAGAAGGGUAAAGCGCCACCACCACCGUCUACUGCCGCUGCUGCUGUAAUCACCAAGCCGAUCGAAGCACCUAUACCCGCAUCGGCAACUGCAAAUGCACGCGCUGAGGUGGAAAAGCGCAGCAACGAAGAACGUACACCAGCACCGCUAGCGCCGAUAACGGUGCCCAUCGAGCUGACCAAAAAUGUGGAAAUCGAUGUACAAACAACGCUUGCCGCACAAGCUGCACAAGAGCAAGCGCACGUGCCAGCACCACCAUCGCCGACCACAUCUUCGGCAGCGGUUUCGGUGAAUUCCGCUUCGUCGUCGUCGGUAAAGAGCGGUGCUACGCUCAGCUCCAGCACUUCGCUUAUCACCAUAAAUAGCGAGGCGUCGCCAACCAGCACGCCAACUCGUGCAUUUAACAAUCAGGCACAACAACAACAGCAACAACAAAAUAUAGUUCAUCCCAAUAGCUUGGAAGCUGGCGUCAGUCAGAUAAGAGUUGUGACCAGCACGCAUCCACCGGUCAUAAUUGACAAUUCAGUGCCGGCUGUUGCCACUGGUGCAGUGCCGCAAAGUGAAGUGAUCAUUGUUUCGAAUGAUUUGAAUAAGAGCACACAUGUGCCCGAAUCUUCAACUGAUGAUGAUUUCACUUCCUUCGAUGACAGUCUGGGCGAUUCACCGCUAUCACCCCGCCAGUCAUCCAUGAUAGUGGCCGUUUGCGAGGAGAACGCCGAGGAGACGGACAAGGUUGACAUGAACGCCGAAAGUAAUCAGUCCAUACACGGUAAAGGUUCGCGUGCGCGCAAAUUAGACGAGAGUGAGGUGCUCAUAGUUAGCCCAUCUUAUGUGGAUGAUGAUUCGGCGUACAAUACAGCCACCGGCAGUCACGAACACAGCGAACAUCUAAUGGACACGAGUCACGUGUCUGUUGUGACUGUUGGCGAUGAGAUCAAAGUCAAGGAUAGUAGUCAUCUAAGUACCGAUCAAUAUGAUACGACACUCAGCAAUGACAACAACAAUCUGAACAAUCAACGACCAUUCAUAAAGAAUCACAACAACAACAAUCACCAAAACGGUCAAAUUAUCGCAGGCACAUCGACCGAAGAUGUAAAUAUUAUUAUAAAUCGUAAUACGCCACAAGACAUUGGUGUCGGCAAACGACCGUCACCGGAUAAUAGCGUCGGUUCUAUGGAUUCGCGUACAUUAAGCGAUAGCGGUUCGUUGCGUUCGAGUGGCGGUGUGGUAAGACGCGCUGUCGGUUUGAAUAUUGCAACGGUUGAUCAGAGUGACGUUGAGAGUAUCGGCACCACAACUAGUCAUGAUAGUCGUAAUGAGGCGGAGACACCCAUAAUGGGCACGAAGAUACCCGAAGAUGAGGAAGUUGUCAUACGACGGAAACAGGGUGCGCCGAAGAUAGCACCCACUGGGCCGACUAAAGAGGAAAUCGAAUUACGUAAUUUACGUAAGAAGACACGAAAACGUACGCGAAAAUUCGAAAUCGAUGGUGUACAGGUGACGACCACCACAAGUCGUGUUAUAUACGGUGACGAGGAGUCCGGCAGACUAUACGAUGAUCAUGUGUUCCGCAAGCAAGAGUUGCGUGAAUUGAAAAUGUUGCAAAAGCAGGAGAAGAAACAGCAAAACGAUUUGCAAUUGAAGGAGCAAAUAGCGCGCGAGCAACAGGAUCGUCGUUUCGAACAGGAGCGCAUUUCGCUGGAGAAGACCUAUGAAGCUGAUAUGGAUACAUUGGCACGACAACAAAAGCAGUUGAUUGAGCGCACGGAACAGGCACAGGAGAGUGAGUUGCGUAGUUCAUCGAAACGCAUACGUUCCGAUCAAGAACAGGAAUUGAAAAUAUUCCGUGAGAAUUUGAAACAAGAGAUCCGUUUGCUCAAACAAGAAGUUGACUUGCUGCCCAAAGAUAAACGUAAGGACGAAUUCAAGCAACGUCGUUCCGCCAUGGAGCUGGAUCAUGAGGAGAAAGAGCGCGCCUUCCUCGACUCGCUCAAAGAACGCCAUGAAUUGCUAUUGCGUCGCUUAAGCGAAAAGCAUCGCGAUCAUCUUGCCACCAUCAAUCGUAAUUUCCUACAACAAAAGCAAAAUGCCAUGCGUACACGCGAAGCGUUACUUUGGGAAUUGGAAGAGAAGCAAUUACACGAACGCCAUCAGCUGUCCAAGCGACAUGUAAAGGAGUUGUGCUUCAUGCAACGUCACCAAAUGAUUGUGCGACACGAAAAAGAAUUGGAUCAGGUGAAAAAAAUGUUGCAACGCAAAGAGGAAGACAUGAUUAAGAAGCAGGCAUUGGAGAAGCGCGCGCUGCCAAAGCGUAUACGUGCCGAACGCAAGGCGCGCGAUUUGAUGUUCCGUGAGUCAUUGCGCAUAUCCACGAAUCUGGAUCCCGAGGUCGAGCGAGAACGUCUUAAGAAGUUCCAAGAACAAGAAAAGAAACGCUACACGUUAGAGGAGCGUCGAUUUGAAAUUAAACACCAAAAGCAGUUGGAGGAAUUGCGCGCCACACGUGAGGGUGCGAUAAGAGAACUCGAACAACUGCAGAAUGAAAAACGCAAAGCUUUGGUUGAACACGAACAGGCCAAGCUAACGGACAUCGAUGAGCGCCUAAAGGCUGAGUUGCGUGAAUGGAAGGAGCAAUUAGUACCUAGAAAGCAGAAGCUUAUCGACACGCUUAACGCCAUGUCUGAGCGUUUCGAGCAAAAAUAUGGUCCUAUACCCGAACGCGUGCCCUUCACCAAGCAAGAUAUUGAGGUGCCACUGCAGCUGCGCGGCUUCUUCAAUGAUGCGCCACGCACGCUACCGCGCGGCCUCUUCCUCAGCGACAAUCAAAUGUUACGUUCACGCACCUACUUUACGCUCUCUUCCGAUCCGCGUGCCAAAUUCACCGGCUCCACACCCGAUCUGAGCCGCAGCGUGCCCACCACACCGAUUUUCCGCAAAUUUGCGCAACCGAAACUGCGCAGCGAUAGCUUAGCGCUAGAACGCGCGCCCAAAUUGCGUGAGCAACGCACAGCCGAGGAUAUUGUUGAGUUGCGGCAGGCGCACGGUGUGCUCACGCCGCGUUUCGCAGCCUCAGGUGCAGGUACAGCGGCGCCAACAGCAGCGGCUUUAACAACAGCAACAACUACCACCAACGAGAAUGUCGAUUUGCCCAGCGCGGCCGGCCAAUUGAAGGCAAUUAAUGUGCAGACACCUACACUCGGCGCCAGUCGUCAAGUGGACACCGAACGGCCGACGCUUUCGACUUUUCGCAGCACAAUGCCGCCACCAACAAGUCAAUAUGCUACCACUACAGCAAAGUCAUCUCGUGCGCCAUUGCGCGAUGCGGACAUUGUGCAUGAACGCUUCAACAAAAGAGAUAGUGCAAGAGUUGUUGACCCAACAACCGCAGCGACAGCAUCAACUGCAGCAACAACAACAAGCGAAACCGAAUUGCGUCAACAAGCGCAAAAUCUGCUUUACUCCUCAUCGUUUGCUAUAAAACGGCCCUCUCUCUAUGGCAGCGGUCGCUCAUCGCUGGGCAGUACACAGUCGCUCUACGACAUUUACGAGGGCAGCACGCGCUUCAGCAACAACAACGAACACACAGCGCCACUGUCACCGCCGCCGCCGCCCCUAGGUUUGGCGGGCAAGCGUGCGAGCGCGCUGUUGGACAGCAUUGAGCCUUCGUUGCGCGCCUCCAUCAAGUUGAGCAGCGUGCAGGAGCUGCAGAAUUUGGAUGAGAACGAGGUGAAAUACACGAUACCGCGAAUUGGCACAACUGAUAGGAAAUCGAAGAAAAAUAAAGCGUUCAGUCCGUUAGAAGAGGAUUCAAUGGCUUAGAGCAACGUCUGUGUGUUUGUGACAUGCAAUUUAUAAUAAAAUAUGUGGCUUAUGCUAAGAGAAACGCAAAUGAAAUUAAUAACUGUAAAUCUUAAGGCCAUUUAAUACGCAAACGUAAAAAAAGUGAUUUCUAAAAAAGAGAAAUGAAAUGGUUUACAAGUGUACUAUCACUCUCAACUACUUAAAUCGCAUAUCUGCAUACAAACAUAUUCAUGCUUUAAAUAAUUGCUGCUGCAUAAAACAUCGUUGAACCCAUAUAUUUGUUGACACUAACUUAGUUUCGUUUGUUUCCUAUGUUUUUUUUUUGUAUUUGUUCGUACCCCACUCCAUAACAUUGAGCAUUCCACGGCACUGCCAUACAUACAAAUAUAAUUGCGUGUAUGUGUGUUGGACACUAACUGUUGUAACUGUGCAUAAAUACAUGUAUAUAGUGGUGUGUGUGUGUGCGUUGGUGUGUUUUAGCAUGUGCUACACUAUGUAACAAGGUAUAAAUAUGGUUCAUAUUAGCAAUUCUUCAUUACAUAGUGUAAAUGCGUUAGGAAGAACGUUGCCAUAUUUUUGAAUAUUUUUUUUAGGUUGUAUUAAAUGCGAAACAGCAAUAUGCGUAAAUCUAAAUAAACAUUCCAAAGCAAGUAUUUUUUGAUUAAAUUACAUAUUAAAAUGUAGUAUAGAUAAAAUGAGAAGUAUAGUGUUAGGCGCACGUCUGCUUAAGAAUUUCAAAAAAAAUUGUUAAAAAUUCAUUCAAAAUACAAAAAUAUAAAUGAUGGUCAUUUGAACUUCUGCAAGCUCAGUGAAGCACUGUUAAAUGCUUUAAGCGCCUGAAAGUGUGCCCGAAAAUCGUUUCCGUUUAACAUAAAAUGUAUUGAAAUUUUUUUCUAUAUUUCGGAAAAUAUUUUAAAAAUUCAGUUAUUUAAAAAAUUAUUUAAAUGAUGGCCAUUUUAACUUCUACAAGCGCAAUGAAGCACUGUUAAACGCUUUAAGCGCCUGAAGGUAUGCAAAAAAGUAAGCUUCUCAAAGAAAACAUAAACAUAUAAUGAAUUAAAAUUUUUUUAUUAUUUAUGCCAUACUUUUGUUAAUUGUGUUGUUGCACACAUACGCGCGCCAUAAUAAAGUGCAUUAUUAUGUAUCUAGCGCCUAAAAGAUGCCAUUUUUAAUUAAACGUUUUUUUUUUCACAACAGCUGCAAGCUGUUUAAUUAUUUUUUGUUGUGUUGUUUACGUAGAGCCGAUUAACUUGUUGCGAUCGUAUUUCUUUUACGGCUAUUGCCUACAUUUAGGCGCAUUAUACUUUUUAAACUGAUAUAUCAGUUUGAAGGCGUUAAAACGAUGAUAUAUUAUAAUAACACAUAAAAUAAACAAAAGAUAAGCAAAAAUUUACAAACAAAAAAAUUAAAAAAAAACUAUAAAAAAAUAUAAACAAAUAUUUUCUAUAUAAAAGUAAACAAAAGUAAAAAAAAUAACUUUAUUACUGCGCUUUUUUGUUGUGUUUACUUAAAUACCGUUAUUUUGAAAUGUGAAAAUUUUUUAUGCCUAUUGCCAACAUUCAGGCGUAUCAUAAUUCAAAUUAGUGAAACCAUUUUAGAAAUAAUAAUUUAUAAAUGAAACACAAAAGGGCCAAAAAAUUAUUUAUGAGAAUAAUAAUUUCGUUAAAAAAAGUUUUGCAUACUUUUAGGCGCAUACCCCGGAUUUUCUUUAUGUCGGUUAUUAUUAUUCCGGGUUUUCCGACGAAUUAGAUCGCUGUAAGUUGGUGCGGGCGUAACGAUGUCGAUUCAAGUAAAAGAUGGUGUUAACGCGACGCAGUGUAGAAUCAAAUGUGUGUUGAGGGGAAGCUGUGUAUUGAAGUUGUGUUGUGGGAUGUUCUGUUUUCCUAUGUGGUGAUGUUUGAGUGUAGUAUUCUCAGGUGUGGUGGGUUGUAAUAGAGUGCGCCAAUUUUCUCGGCAUAGAGUGAUGAAUGGUAUACACUAUGUAAGGGGGGCUUACCUCAGUUACACAAGAGUAUGCGCCUAAAAAUAUACUAAUACUAAACUAUUUUUUAAAUAUUGAAACAUUUUCAUUUAAUUCCAGCGUUGUUUUUAUUAAUUUUUUCCUAUAAAGUGAUGUAUGUAAUAAAUUUCGUUGCCAUAAAAAUCUUGCCAAAGUUUUGCUGCAGCUGCAAAUACGCGCUUACCAAGCGGCGUGCUGCUUAUAAUAAAUAAUAAAUAAAUAUACAUACACUUUAAUUAGUAUUAGUGUAGCAUUUAUAAAUACAAUUUUCGAUGCACUUAUAUUACAAAAACAAAAAAAUACGCACGAGUGAGUUUUUAAUAUAACACAAAAAAAAUAUAUAUUUUCCUACUAACAUAAACACACGCAGCAUAUAAGCAAGCUAGUAAUGCCAAAUAUUUUACGAGUUAUUAGCACUAAUAUAAACUAAUUGCAAGCAAUAUCAAAAAAAAGAAAACAAAAAUUAAUUGUAAAGGGUUUGGGUAAGGGUUUGGUUUGGGUGUAUAGGGCGCGGGUAAGUGUGGUGUCAAAAUGUGCGCUUAUUUUACUAUAAUAUAAAAAAAUUAUUUUUUAUAAAUAAAAAAAAAAUAUUUUUAGGAAUAAAAAAAUAUUUUCUAUAAUUAAAAAAAUUGUAUAAUUAAAAAAAUAUUUUCUAUAA